AUGGCUGCAAGCAUUGCAGCCGGCAAUGUAGUUGUUGUCAAAACGGGAGCUGAAACACACUCGCCCGAGACGAUGAAACUUCUGUGUGAACUAAUUUCGAAGUACAUGGACAAUCAAGUUGUCAGCAUGGUUUCUGGUGGCUUUGACGAGCUACAGGAUUUUUUGUCAAUGCGCUGGGAUGUUAUUUUUGCAACCGGUUCGCCCGGGCUUGGCCGCAUGGUAGCCAAAGCAGGUGCACCAAUCUGGUCCCAAUGUAUACUGGAACUAGGUGGCAAAUCACCGGUGUACUUUGGCAAAUAA